UAUUCAAAAUGAAGUUCAUAACAUUUACAAGAAUAUUCUUGCAUUUUUUACCAUUCUCCGUGGGGAUAACGGCAUUAGCUAUAUUUGAGAAAAACUGGACCUUUGAAUUGAAGAAGGUCGAGGUGAAUUCUUCGCAUCCGGAGUUAUUGAACAUGAUGGACUUUAAGGCGGAACGUGUGGGCCGUGGUCUACAUGCAUUGUCGGGGAAAAUAGUUCUGAAUUUCGACAUCAACGAAGGCGAUUCGAAUGAGCUCGAGGUUCAACUUUUCCGCAGUGCCAAGAAUAUGCAGGAUUUUCGAAUUCUGCCAUUGAAAAUUUAUCGCACCCAUUUAUUUAAUAUCCUGAAUACCUUCUACAAGGAUGCUGCAAUGGCAAAUUUCAAAAAUUGUUCAAAUCUUCCACAAUUCAAAAAUUUCUUUGAACCACCACUGAAAUCGGAUACCUAUUACAUGGACAGAUGUCUGUUUGAUGAGUCGGGAUUUCCGAAUUAUGUCGUCGAGGGAUUCUAUAAGGUUAUGGUGCGUGGCUAUGGUCCCGCCGAAUGGACAAUGGUGUUGAUCAGUCAAAUAGAAACGAUUUUUUAACAAUGUCUUUAAAGAUUAUGAGUAAA